GGCGACGCUAAACCUCUACAAUGGUCAAGAACGCUGUCGAGGACAUCUUGAAGCUGGACAUAGACGACCCAACAGACUUCUCCCACUCUUCACUGCAGUCGCUCGACAGCUCGCUUCGCUGUCUGAUUUGUUCCAAUCUCUUCGAAGGGCCUGUUGUCCUUCCCUGUGGACAUUCUUUUUGUUCGCUCUGUAUACGUGGCGCGAUGGCGGACAAGGCCCAGUGCCCUACAUGUCGGAAGGAAGCCACAGAGUUCCAUAUCAAAGUAAAUACAUCAUUGGAGGAUGCUGUGGUAGCAUGGUCCAACGCGAGACCGUUAGUUCUCGAACUUUGUCAAGAGCAAGAAGAGGCUCGUGAGGCAGCUAAACGUACGAACGAUCAUCCAACCAACACUCGUCCAUCGAAGAAACGAAGAGUCAACCCUGAAAACGACAGUAUUCCCGGUCCAUCUGCACUCACUAAACGAUCGCAAGCUCCGUCUACUUCCAAGUCGAAGAAUGACACCAAGGAGGUUUCUGAUCCCGAACGUUCCUCAACUCCCGAAUGUGUUGACUGCCCAAUGUGCCAGAAGUCUGUAUUGCACUCAAAGAUAAACGUACACAUCGACAGUGGGUGCAAGACAGGAGCAUCUUUAAGUCGGACUUCCUCUGGCUCUGGUGCCACUCUUGCUGCACCAAGAGCCGUCAAACGGGAGAGCGCUCAAAAGAUGGAAUGGGCGAAGCUUCUAGAUGGCAGAGCCAAGAUGAAGGGCAAAGACAAGGCAAAAGACGUCGUUGACUCCAAUACUGUUCCUCUGCCCAAAGUCUCAUACUCCAUGCUGAAAGACAAACGCAUCCGGGACUACCUCGCAGAAUGGGAUCUAUCGACGACCGGGGACAAGAGCGCUCUUACGGCGAGACAUCAACGAUGGGUAAUGAUAUACAACGCGAAUCUCGACCGCGGGCCGACACAGCGAAAGCAAGUUCCAGAGUUGCGUGCGGAGAUGAAGCGAUGGGAAGAUGAACGUAAAGCCGUUGCCACAGGGAGGAAAAUGUCGGGUAAGGAGGCCGUGAAGGAUACGGUUGAGUACCAGAGAGUACACAAGGCGGAAUUCGAUGCGCUGAUCGCAAGGGCAAGACCUCAGAAAUCAAUACCGCCGAUUUCUGCAUCUGAUUCCUCGACUCCGACUCCAUCUACAUCUGUACCUACUCCCCAACCCACUUCGUCGCCGCCGUCUUGGAGCCAGCAGCGGUCGAGUGUUACGCCGGAGGACGAUGCGGAAAUGAGGGAGGAGGCGGGCUCAAGGAGUGAGGCCAUCGUCAUCGAUUCAGGAGAUGACGAGGAUGGGUAGUUCGAGAGGGUGGACUUGAUCGCUUCCACGUAGAAGUGCAGCUUUCGAGCGUCUAUCGUGUCCGUGAUGGGUGUGUUAUCGAUUUGUCUAGUCUCAUGUAUCGCUUUGCUUCCUGCUAUUACAUACUAGCCUCUAUGGGGCUGCUGGUAAAUGUUCAUACAUAACAGUACACACUUCAAACGAUCCAACCAGGAAACGAUUAUCCAAGGUAACCCGGUCGUCGCUAUCAGUAUAUCCGUAUAGGUAACUUCACUUUCAUCUCAUGGUCAUCAAAAAGUACCGAUGCCUCAACAAAGUACUGGACGCUCAACCCGGCCCAAUCCAUCGAAGGCAGCAUCCCACCAUUCAAUCUCAACUCCCCUCUAUACAUUCCAUCCGGCACGGCCAUCGCCAUGCUCAUAUCGCUCCUCCUCUUCCCCGGCAUCUUACCCCGCUUCGUGAACCCCUCUGAUGUAUCCGACAAUAACAUCCUCACUUCGGACACCAACGAGACUUCACGCUCUUCGGGCGCUGAGAUGGCGGAGUACAUCGAUUCGGUCUCAUAGAUCGUAGUACGGGCAUCUUCGGCAGGUGGCGGCGGAGUUACCAUACUUGCAGUUGAAGAUGGUGGU